AUGACUACUAUCGGUAGUAAUAACUGGUACUAUAUCGGUAUAGCUCUUUAUAGGGUUCCUUACCCUAUACCUCCACUGUACGAAGAUACCGGAAACGAUUAUAUUCAUAAACUUCUUAUCGAAGAAGGCGUUAUAGAUAUUGACACUACUACGAUUCGUGCUCGUGGAAGGGAGGUCGUCGAAGACAAUAAGCGUCUUAUAGAGAUCUAUUAA